UUAUCAUCUAUCCUUUGCUGUUGGUACUACGACUAAGGGUGCCUUUACAAUCAGUGCCGUUAUAAUAAAUGACUCAUGAUUUCAAAUACAACUCUAGAUGGCUUUUGCGGCUCACGUUUUUGGGACAAAGAACUCUCAUGGGAGACGGAGAACCCAAGGCUCCCCUUGUGUUUUGAGAAGACAGCUCUGGUGUGGGGUCCAUGUCUGCUGCUCUGGCUGCUCACACCUCUCGAACUGUUUGUUAUAUUCAGCAGCAAGUGUAGAAAUGUGCCUUGGGGAUUUACAAACAUAACAAAAGCAUUGGUGAACAUGUUUUUGAUUGUGUUGAGUGCCACGAGCUUGCUCUGGUCUGUUCUCUUACAUCUGACUGGAGAGAAGAUUUAUCCAGUGGACCUCUGGACACCAAUAAUAUGUACUGCCACUUUUAUAUUGGCGUUGGUGCUGUUGGCAUGGGAUAGGGUGAGAGGACUUCAAACUUCAGGAGUGCUGUUUGUGUUCUGGCUAACUUUGGGUUUGGCUGGUGUGGCGCAGUUUCUCACCGAAAUUGAACAACUCAACUUAGUGGUGGACAAUAUGUAUUCUGCAGAAUUGAAGCACAAGAUAGUCAUGUACAUCGCCUACUAUCCUUCUGUAGUGUUAAUGCUAGUUCUAAAUAUGUUUGCUGAUCCACCACCGAGAAUAACAGACUAUCCUAAGCACCAGAAAAUAUGUCCUGAAGUCCAGGCUUCAUUCGCUUCACGAGUAAUUUUUGGAUGGUAUGACCGAAUGAUCUGGCAGGGCUUUCGAAAGACUUUAACCUUUGCAGAUCUCUGGGACUUGCGGUACCAAGACUCCACCGUCCAGGUAGAGAAGAGAUUUGAGGAAAACUGGAGAAAGUAUAAUGAAAAACCAGAAUACGUAGAAAGAGAUAAAAAGACUGUUAUAGAUGGAAAUCUUCCGAAAAAAGAAAAGGUGCAAAAGAAACGAAUUUCUAUAUUUGGCAUCAUGUGUCGAACAUGUUGGAUUUCUAUAUUAGCUUCAGCGAUUACCAAAUUAAUAGGAGAUGCAGUUUCUUUUGUAAACCCACAGAUUUUGCUCCUGAUGAUCCGAUUCGUCGACAGCAAGGAGUUCAUGUGGAGAGGGUUCGUCUACUCUGUCGCCCUGUUUGUUAUGGCAGAACUUCAGACGCUCUUCAGCCACCACCACAUGAUGAGCAUGUUUAUUGUGGGGCUCAACUGCAGAACUUCAAUCAUGUCGGCUAUUUACAAAAAGGCAAUGCGCAUCUCCAACUCUGCACGCAAAACAUAUACAAUGGGAGAGAUCGUAAACCUGAUGGCAGUGGAUGCUCAACGAAUAGCAGACUUCGCACUCACCGCACAUAUGCUCUGGACAAGUCCACUCAUUAUUCUCUGUACUCUGUAUUUUCUCUGGAACAUUCUCGGUCCAGCUACUCUAGCAGGUCUGGCUGUCAUGUUUAUUGUUUUGCCUCUCAAUACAUUUAUCGCAAAGAAAGUGAAAAUUCUACAGAUGAUACAAAUGACAUAUAAAGAUGACAGGGUGAAGCAGAUGAAUGAAAUACUGUCAGGAAUUAAGGUUUUGAAGUUAUAUGCUUGGGAACCAAGUUUCAAGCAGCAAAUCCUUAAGAUCAGAGAAAAGGAAAUCUCAGUGUUAAGGAAAGCUGCUCUUUGGAAUGCUUCGACUUCUUUCGUCUGGCUUUGCUCCUCUUUCCUGGUAUCAUUUUCGACAUUCAGUGUAUUUGUGUUCCUGGAUGAGCGCAACGUCCUCACCCCAGAAAUUGCUUUCGUGUCAGCUGCUCUCUUCAAUGUCAUGCGAAAUUCCAUCUCCUAUUACUCAAAAAGGAUUCAGUUGUUGGUACAGUUUCUGGUGGCUUUGAGAAGAAUCGAUAAUUUCAUGAAUGCUGACGAACUGGAUUUUGAUUCAGUUUCCCAUGACAAGAGCAAAAGAGAACCUCUUAUCAUAGAGAGUGGAACAUUCUCCUGGGGGACAGCAGAUACAUUGCCCAUUCUACGCAACAUCACGCUCAAGAUACAGCCAGGACAGUUGGUAGCAGUGGUGGGAGCUGUUGGAUCUGGCAAGAGUUCUCUCAUCUCUGCCUUCCUGGGGGAGAUGCACAAGAUCUCUGGCUAUGUCAACACUAAGGGCAGAAUAGCAUAUGUGCCUCAACAGGCUUGGAUUCAGAAUGCUACAGCUAAAGAAAAUAUUUUAUUUGGAAGCAAGGUUGACAAUAAUAAAUACUUAAAUACGGUAAAAUCGUGUGCCCUCACUGAAGAUUUUGAUAUGCUACCCUGUGGAGAUUCCACCGAGAUUGGAGAAAAGGGUAUCAAUCUGAGUGGGGGCCAGAAGCAGAGAGUAAGCCUGGCUCGAGCUGUAUACAAUGAUGCAGAUAUUUACCUGCUGGAUGAUCCUCUCAGUGCUGUGGACUCUCAUGUCGGCAAACACAUAUUUGAAAAUGUCAUUGGACCUACAGGAGUGCUGAAACAUAAGACCAGGAUACUGGUGACUCACUCUGUUAAUUUCCUAAAUAAAGUGGAUAACAUUGUGGUGCUGAAAGCAGGGGAGAUUACAGAAAUUGGAACAUUCAAAGAGUUGUUGGCCAAAAAAGGAGAAUUCUCUAACUUUCUAGAGCAGCACAUCAUGGCUACUAAUGAUCCUGAGCUUGAAUCAGAGAUUGAAGAAAUGAUUGAUGAUGACAUUGACAAAGCCGUUUUAAAAACUAAGUUACAACUGAGCAGAUCUGGGUCUGAAGUGUCAGCUGCAUUGAGUAGAUCUGCAUCUACAAAAUCUACUUUACUGAGUAGAUGUGGGUCUUCAGAGUCAGCAUUACUGAGAAGAUCUGGAUCUUUAAGAGCUGCAGUCAUUACUGAUAGUUCAAUACCUGAAGACACAGGCUGUGACCAGAGUCGCUUUAACUUAGACAAGCUGAUCCAGACUGAGAAAACAGAGACAGGCAGUGUCAAGUGGAGUGUGUAUGGUCACUACGUUAAGUCUGCUGGCAUAAUUAUUUCUCUCUUGACAUUGGGCUUUCAAAUGUUGUCACAAGCCCUGGCAGUUUUAGCUAACAUCUGGUUGUCAGCUUGGACUAAGGACUCAACAGCUGUUGUGGACGGAGUUCAGGACUUAAAUAAGCGCAACUUUUACCUGGAGAUCUACACUGUGCUCGGUUUUGGCCAGAUGGUUUCGGCAGUGGCAAGUGCAGUCACUUUGGCAUUUGGAACAAUCUUGGCAUCUAAGCACCUUCAUGAUUCAAUGCUAUCCAAUAUUCUGCAGUGUCCUAUGAGCUUCUUUGACACAACUCCAACUGGAAGAAUUGUGAAUCGUUUUGGAAAAGAUAUUGAUGCCAUUGACAAUACGCUUCCAUUCUCAAUCGACAGCGCUUUGUCAAUGACUUCAAUCGUGUUGGGGGUUCUUGUAGUCAUCACAUGGUCCACCCCUAUAUUUGUUGUGGUCAUUUUUCCUGUCGGAUUGAUCUACUAUUUUUUACAGAAAGUAUAUGUUGCAACCUCUCGGCAACUGAAGAGAAUUGAAUCAGUUACACGCUCUCCUAUAUUCUCCCACUUCAGUGAUAGUAUCUCAGGUGCCUCAUCGAUUAGAGCUUACGGUGUCGAGAAACGUUUUAGCAAAACUUUAGAGGAUAGAAUAGAUGCUAAUCAAGUGUGCCUUUAUCCAAGCAUGGUGUCUAAUAGGUGGCUCAGUAUUCGUUUGGAGACAGUAGGCAACAUUUUUAUUUUCUUUGCAGCGUUAUUUGCUGUGUUGGGAAGAGAUGAGUUGGACUCUGGAAUUGUUGGUCUUUCCAUUAGUUAUGCUCUUCAGAUCACUUCAAUACUCAACUUUGCUGUGCGUAUGGCUUCAGAGGUGGAGACAAACAUUGUCUCAGUCGAGAGGAUUAAAGAGUAUGCUGAAGUUCCUCAGGAAGCAGCUUGGGAGACCCAGGUGAAACCUAAUCCUGAGUGGCCAAGCAAAGGCACUGUUUCAUUCAAAAACUAUCAAGUAAGAUAUCGGGAAGGACUGGAAUUGGUGCUUAAAGGUGUGACCUUCACUGUUCAUGGUGGAGAAAAGAUUGGUAUAGUUGGUCGCACUGGAGCUGGCAAGUCUUCUCUCACCCUCUGCCUGUUCCGUAUACUGGAAGCUGCUGGGGGACAUAUUUACAUUGAUGGUCAGGACAUCUCCGAGAUUGGACUAGGAGAUCUUAGGUCUAGGCUUACCAUCAUUCCUCAGGACCCGGUUUUAUUUUCUGGAACUCUUCGCCAAAAUCUAGAUCCAUUUGAGAUGUACAGUGAUUCUGAUCUGUGGCAAGCCCUAAAGCUCGCUCAUAUUGGAGAGUUCACAGAAACCCUACAUGACGGCCUCUUCCACCUUAUUGCUGAAGGUGGGGAUAACUUAAGUGUUGGUCAGAGACAGCUGAUAUGUCUGGCUCGAGCACUGCUGAGGAAGACUCAGGUGUUGAUCUUGGAUGAGGCAACAGCCGCCAUUGACUUGGAGACUGAUGACUUGAUACAGCAGACAAUACGCAGAGAGUUUAGAAAUUGUACAGUUCUCACAAUAGCGCACAGGCUCAACACCAUCAUGGACUCUGACAGAGUUGUUGUUCUUGAUAAGGGAAUCAUCAAAGAAUUUGAUUCGCCAGCAAAACUUCUGAAGAGUGACAGUUCAACCUUCUAUAGCAUGGCAAAGGAUGCUGGGCUUGUAUAACAAGCAGAUUUAGUAAUAUUCACAUGUUAUGUGAUGGUUUUAGCCAUUUUGUUCCUUACACCUGUACCAAUAUUUUUGUAGAUUUUGGAUGAAACUCUUUAAAGUCAUUGUCUUGUCUUAGGUCUUAGGUACAAAAUAGAUAUAGUUAAAUUAUUUUGCAUUUUAUUAUUGUAUUUAAGAUAAGAAAGAAUGAACAGCAAUAGAACUUCACAAUUAAUUGAUCUGAAAGUUUUGAACUUUGUGCCUUAUUUGAUGUGAUAUUUACAUUUCUUUAAAAGUCUGUUUAUAUCUUGUUAUUCAUUUGUGUGUACUUACAUUUUUAUGUGUGCAUAUAAUUUUGUUAUUAAACAAUACCAUUUUA